UUMACUACGAUCGCAGCACCAAGAGCACCAACAAAGACAAGACUAUCAUCUACGUAGUAGUCUUACAGGAACAGAUAACAACAGCACCAUCAAUCCAAGUACCACACACGCACAAUAGCAAAAUGGUAAGUUGAUUGGAAUUUGCUCCUCGAUACGCUGCUGCCAGUGAGUUGAGGGGCAUUCUUUGAAGCGGAAAACACGAUGCUUCGUCUCUCUGUGUCUUGGUUUUGUUCUAUGCGAUUGUCUUGAUCCAGCUCGCUGCUCUCUGCUCUGCCCUGUCCUCACGGAGGCCCGUUUUUUGUGCCGCAUGCAAUUAUGCAAAACCGUCCGUAACCAACAACACCAUGACACCAMCAACCAAAACAACACGACAACCMCGCAAACACAAACGCAAAAACAAACACAAACACAAACACAAAUCGAAACACAACCACGAAACAACAAUGCAACAACCCGCGAACCGAAAAUUGGAAAAUCCGAACCCGUAUCACCUACAAUACAAACACGCAAACGCAGCGCCCGUAUUUGUUGCAGGGACACGAGCGUCCCAUCACGGUAGUAAAAUACAACCACGACGGAGAUUUAUUGUUCAGCGCUUCGAAGGAUCAGGUCCCCUGCAUCUGGAGGGUAGAGAACGGAGAGCGCAUCGGGACCUUCCACGGCCACAAGGGUACCAUCUGGGACCUCGAUCCGGAUCGGUUUUCCAACCACCUGCUGACGGCGAGUGCCGAUGCCACGGUCAAAAUGUGGAGCUGCGAGACCGGGGAACUCCUGAAGACCUUUGUCCACCGGGGUCCGGUGAGAGGGGUCGCCUGGUCCGACGACAACAAGCUCUUUGCUUCCAUUUCGGAUCCCUUUGUGGAGCACAACGCGAAGAUCUCCGUCUUUGACAGCCGGGACGGCGAGGGGAUCGAUGGAGAGACGAUCGAACCCGUGCUGGAAAUCGACGUCCCCAAGGAAAACAACAAGCGCGUGCAGAUGACCAACAUCUGGUGGACGUAUCUCAACGAGCACCUCUUGGUGGCCUUCGACAACGGCUUGAUUCGGUUGUACGAUCCCAACACCGGGGACAUCGAAGACGAAUUCCGGGCCCACGAAAAGAAAAUCAACCGGCUGCAGAUGAACCGCGAAAAAACCAUGUUCAUCACCUCCUCGGCCGACUUUACGUCCAAGUUGUACGACGCGGUCAACCUCAAACACCUCAAGACCUACACGACCGAUCGACCGGUCAACGACGCCGUCAUCAGCGAAACGAAGGACCACAUUUUGCUCGGGGGUGGACAGGAAGCCAUGUCCGUGACGACGACCUCCGGGAAGGUCGGAAAAUUCGAGACGCGUUUCUUUUGGCUGGUCUACGAGGAAGAAUUCGGAACCGUAAAGGGGCACUUCGGYCCCAUCAAUGCCAGUAAGUUAUGCGUUCUUGUAUUUCUCACUGUUACACGGUGAUCGUUUGGACCGAAUGCGCACAUCGAAGUGGAGGCACAAGGGCGGAUUCGGUCGAUGCAACGCUGGGUUUCGUUUUUUUUGGGUUUCGRAUCUGUGCACUUGUUGUCUUUCCGUUCCAUUCACCCACUCACGACAUUGGYUGUUUUUGUGUACAAUAUGGUCGUUCUGUGGCUUUUGCSUUGCGUUCCUUUCCAUCCGUUUCUGGUGUUUUCGAUUCCGAACGAACCGACCCACCCGCAAUCUCGUUGAUGCAGUUGCCAUCAACCCCAACGGACGAAACUAUGCCAGUGGUGCAGAGGAUGGUUACGUGCGACUCCACAUGUUCGACAAAUCCUACCUGGACAUGAAAGACCCCGUGCCGGAAGCCGAAGAAUCGUCCGUCGACGAUGAUGCCGAUGCCGAGUGAUUGCACCCCUCCGGAAUUUCUACCAAUCCAUCGAUGGGACGCAGGCGAAGGAAGGUGGAACAACAUGAAAACGAAUAGCAAGAUUGGAUACURCUUUAUUAUUAUUAAUUAUUAUUACAUAGAUCGAGAUCAA